AUGCGUGAAGCAGUGCAAAAGUCUCCAAGUAUUGAAGAGAGUGAUGCCAUUAGCUAUAAUAAUAAUGGCUACAACCUGAUUGACUCAUCACCCAAAAAGACUACAGAGAUAGUUAAUGAAAGACGUAUUUCUGCUUCUGAUUCAAAUGAUGAUGACACACCUUACAUUGAUUUAACAUUAAACUUAUCAGAAGAAGAGAAACUCUAUAGAAAAACUUCAAAAUGGUACAAGUUUAAGUUAUUUUUAUGGGAUUCUGUCGAUAAGCAUCCAACUGAAAAGAAGUUUUUGAUGAAAUUGGACUUUUUUCUUAUAAGCUCUUCUAUGUUAGGCUACUUUAUUAAGCAGUUGAAUGCCUCUAACAUGAAGACAGCAUAUAUAAAUGGUAUGGAUGAGUAUUAUACUAUGAACCAGAAUCAAUAUAACUAUCUCAAUACAUUAUGGACAGUGGGUUAUAUUAUUGGGCAAAUUCCAUCGAAUUUAAUACUUCAUCGGAUUAGUGCUCGUUAUUACUUGGGUGGUUUAGAAAUUAUCUGGGCUAUAUUAACUGUAUUAAUGAUUACUUGUAAGUCAUUGAACGGAUUAUAUGCAAUUAGGUUUUUUGUAGGGUUAACAGAAUCUGGCUAUUUCCCUGGUUUAGAAUACUUAGUUGGUUCAUGGUAUGGCACAAAAGAAUUGAGUAAGCGUUCUACCUUUUUUGCUGUUGCUGGAGUUGCAUCUGGGUUGGUUUCUGGUCCUUUACAAAGUACAAUUUUGAAUAACUUUGCGGGUAGUAGUUUGCCUGCUUUCAAAUGGAUGUUUGUUUUUGAUGCAGUAAUUUCCUUUCCCAUCGGGAUAUAUACAAUGUUUGUUGAUCCGAACACCCCUUCAACCACAAAUGCAUGGUAUUGGACAAAAGAUGACAAACUAGUUGCUUUAGAAAGACGAAGAAGAAUUGGAGCACAACUCAAUACCCGUAGAAAAUAUACGUGGAAAAAAAUCAAGAGUUUCUUCAAUACCUGGCACAUAUAUGUCUUCCCAUUAGUAUUUCUUGCUUACAAUAAUAGUUGUUCUGCAAUAAAUCAGCCCACAUUUGAAGGCUGGAUGAAAUUAGGACUAAAGGAACCUCAAGAAGUAUAUAAUAGAAUGCCUGCAGUAUUAUCGGGUGUCGGUAUCGCUGUUGCUAUAAUCAUGUCGUACUUUGCUGAUUUCAUAGGAGGUAAGAAGAAUCAUUAUUUCGUAUUUGCCUAUUUUGUUUGUUUAUUAAUUGGAUGCUCGUUACUCUCAGGGUGGCAUAUUCCACGAGGUCUUCAUUGGUUUUGUUACUUUUUGGUAGGGGUGCCUACAUCUUGGGGUCAACCACAAAUUUUUUCUUGGGUUAAUAGAUUAUUAUUUGAAGAUGAUAUGAAGAGAAAUUUUGUUGUUGUAUGUACAAAUACGCUAGCUUAUGUUACCGGUGCAUUUGUUCCGAUAUUUGUUUGGGAUACCAAUGAUAGUCCCAGAUAUUUUAUUGGAUUUACAUAUACUGCUUGCUUAAGUGCAUUUGGGUUGAUUAUGACAGGUAUUGCAGUUCAUUUUAUUCGAAGGGAUGAAAAGGUCAAGGAAAGGUACAUUAUUGAUAAAAUCACUAUAGAUUGA